UUUACCUUUAAGUCCCUGAAAUCGGCCCUUUCAAGCACCUCUACACCUACCCCAACGAAUUCACUUCGAAAACCAAUUUUUACCCCUGUCAAUUCUUCCUCUCCUACCCCCAAUGUUAAUCCCACAAGCAGACCUCUACCUUCGGCAGAAGCUGUGCGGUUGAACAACGAUCCCCAUACAAGACCCCGGAGUCCAUCUCCAGAUCUCGAGUUGACAGAUGUUGAAAGCAGUCCCGGCAGGGAAACGCAGGCACAUCGGCGCUUGACAGCCAGUGCGGAAAAUGUGUUGGAGGGCCGUGGAUUGGGAGCUGAAGAUCAGAUCUCUCCCUCGUGGUUGGGCGACGACGUGGAUGUGUUUCAGUUCGCCGAGAUACCAACACAGUUUGAGCCCGCCGUGACCUCCACUCAGGCGAACAAUGUGGCUGCACCCAUCAUAUUCUCCUCACCCCCUCGGCACGGUCUUAAAUCACUUCUUCAAAACUCAGCUCCUCUAACAACCCCUCUGCCCGAGAAUUCCCCAUCCACGAGGCCUCCUUCCCUUGACGAACCUCCCAUCCCCUCUCCUCCCUCUUCGGAGUCCAAAAAAAUUGAGUUGAAGCAAACCUGUUUGACGUUGGAGAAACCCGUUCCAUGCGAACCUGCUGGAGUUUGUAUUUCUGCUAGCCUCUUCAAAGCGCUUAAUGAGGCCUGUGACGCGAUUCAGGCCAUGCCUAUUCAAAAGUUGAUUAAUUGCUUCGAAGGCCAGAUAGGCUGCAUCACACAAUUACUAACUGAGAGGAGCAAUCACCAGUCGAUGCCGCCUGCGACUCCCAUGGCGCAAGCGAAUCUGUCUAAUGGUUCGACCAACGAAUUUGCCUCUUUUGACUUCGCCAGCCCUAAGGUGAAGCCAGCCAAUGGUGCUGAUCUUUCCUCGAGGCAAAGUGUCCUCCCAUUGGUCAACUCAGAAGCCUCGCCUGCGGUAGUUAGGCACAAUCCCCUUUCAAAGGUGCAACUAAUCGCGCGGUCUAAGCCAAAGGAGCCUAAACUCGAAGCGGAUACUGGUGAGGGCAACGCCUUUCUUCCACUCAGCAGCCACCAGUCAAAGUGGGAUGCCUCUGCGGAGGCUGUGGAUUACAAAGACCAACCAGACGACGGUUCGACGGGGGAAUUCGACGGAACAGAUUGCUUUCCCCACUCCAAAGCCAUGAUGGACGCCUUCAAGCGCAUCUUUGGUCUCCGCACCUUCCGAAGGAAUCAGCUCCAGGCCAUAAACGCCGCGUUACUGGGCAAGGACUGUUUCGUCAUUAUGCCGACGGGUGGCGGAAAAAGCCUCUGUUAUCAGCUCCCUGGUGUUAUCGAGGACGGUCUCACGAUCAUUGUGUCUCCUCUUAAGGCCCUGAUCUUGGACCAAGUGAAUAAACUCCAGUCACUAGGUGUCAAGGCCGCCAGCCUCUCAGGUGAUGUUUCCAUGUCAGAAUCCGAUCGGAUCUUCACUGCUCUUCACAUGAUGAAUUUAGGCAUUAGCAUCCUCUUCGUGACUCCGGAAAAGAUUGCCGCUUCUGGAAAAUUGAAACAAGUUCUGGAGGCGCUUUACAAGAGGAAUAAGUUGGCCCGGUUCGUCAUCGACGAGGCACACUGUGUUAGUCAAUGGGGUCACGAUUUCCGACCGGAUUACAGAAACCUGCGCAUUCUGCGACAAAGUUACCCCAAGGUGCCGAUGAUGGCCAUGACUGCCACGGCGACGCCCCAAGUGCGUCAGGACAUCCUCCACCAACUCCAGAUGACCAACACCAAGUGGUUCAUCCAGAGCUUCAACCGAGCCAAUCUCAAGUUCGAGGUUCGUCAAAAGAAGCUGAAGAGUUGCACCAAGGACAUCAUAAACCUCAUCCACUCGGAGUACCCGCGUCUCUCGGGCAUCGUGUACUGUCUGUCGCGCAACGAGUGCGACACGCUGGCCGAGGAGCUGACAGCGGCCGGUCUGCCCGCCAAGGCCUACCACGCCGGCAUGACUGACGCCGCGCGAAAACGCGUCCAAGAGUCGUGGAUCCAGGAGGAGAAUUUUAAGAUUGUGUGUGCAACGAUCGCCUUCGGCAUGGGCAUUGACAAACCCGACGUGCGUUUUGUGAUCCACUACUCCAUCCCGAAAUCGAUCGAAGGGUACUACCAGGAGGCCGGUCGGGCGGGUCGUGAUGGCCUCCCAGCAACCUGCAUCCUCUACUACAACUGGCGCGACGUGAUUCGACUUCGGAAGCUUAUUCAUUCGAGCAGUCCAAACGGAUACGCCGAUCCGACAGUGAAGCUUCACGAAGACGCCCUCUUCAAAAUGGUCUCCUACUGCGACAACGUGAUCGACUGUCGGCGGAAGCUCAUUUUGGCUCACUUCGGCGAGGCCUUCGAUCCCGCGGACUGCGCCUUGGUGAUUGGCUGCGAAUGCGACAACUGCCAGUACGCGGAGAGACAGAAGUUGGCCCAGCGUGACCUCACCGUCGACGCCAAGGCCCUGGUUGAGACUGUUGUUGACUUCGUCCAGCGCCGACGCAACGUCACCCUCAACUACCUCGUCGACAUCUUCAGAGGCAAGUUCUUGCCUUGGGAGGAACCAGUGCAGCGGAACAACGACCAGAACCUCGCGUUGUACAGCAGGGGCUCGAACUACUCCAAGACCGAUGCAGAGCGCCUCCUCCAUCGCCUCCUCGCUGAUCGCGUGCUCAAUGAAGAGUUUGCCAUCACCGCCGUGGACACCGUCGCCACGUACCUCAGACCCGGUCCCAAAGCCAACCUCCUGCUCUCUGGCAGUCUUCAGAUCAUGCUUCCGGUCGCCGUGAACAUCAAGGCGCGUGGCGCCGACAUCUUAGUGGUCGGUGAACAGCCGAAGGACAAGUUUGCAAGCAUCCGCAGCGACUGCUACGAAGCUCUUGUCAAGACUGCCAAACAGCUCACUUCACAGCAGGGCAUCUCGAAUUACUCGACCGUGUUCCCCAACGAGAUGCUCCUGGAAAUAGCCGAAAUGCUGCCUACGUCUUUGGAGGAAUUGUUGAAAAUUCCUCAGUGCACCGAGUACAAGUUGACUCGCUUCAACGCCACCGAGGCCUUCCUCGACGUGACACUCAACUAUCUCUCAAUCCUCGGGGCCAUGAAGGAAGAGGAGCGGGAACUGGCGGCGCGGAACGACCAGCUCCAAGUGCAACCGAUGCCACCGACUAAGUCUGUCAAGAGCACCGCCAGAAAAACCGUGGCCUCGCGCUACUUCGGCAAGGUAGGCGCGGCUCGUCGUGUGUUGGGGUGUGCUCCAUUUUACUCGACACGUGUCGGCGGUGGAGGCGCCAAGACCUCGUUCAAGAAGCGCGUGUUCGGCAACUUUUCCAACAAGUCGAGAGGCGGUGGUGCCGCUUCGAAGACCGCCACCAAACGACCUGCUCCUUCUUCCAAUUUUGGUGGCAGUGGUGGCGACACUCUCACCCCUACGUCCUCUUCCGGGUGGCUUCGAGCGAAGCCCCAUCCAUCGUCUGACGGACCGUCGUUCAAGCCGAAACUGAUGAAACUGACUGCUCGCUUUGAAUAA